AUGGCUACGAAGACGAUAAAUGUUCUUGCCUUCGUGCUUCUCUUGCAAUACGCCUCGUGCUAUGCCCAGAUCGAGCAGGUGACGUCGCGGAGCCAGGGCCAGCAACCGCACCGUUUCCGGGGUGGUGAGUGCCAGAUCGAGAGGCUCAACACGCUUGAGCCGAGCCGUCGGAUCGAGGCUGAGGCUGGGGUCUCCGAGCUGUGGGAUGAGGAUGAGGGCCAGCUCCAGUGCGCUGGCGUGGCGGUGGUCCGCCACAUCAUCCAGAAGCGGGGGCUCUUUUUGCCGGCGUUCACUAAUGCGCCGGAGCUUAUGUAUGUCGUUCAAGGAAGGGGAUUCCAAGGAGUAGUGUUCCCGGGCUGUCCCGAGACGUACCAAUCGCCUGAGGGGUCACAACAUUCGCAGUCGAGGUAUGGAGGGCAAAUGAGGGGAGAGAGGACCCAAGAUCAGCACCAGAAGGUUCAGCAGAUCCGUGAAGGCGACAUAAUCGCAUUGCCGGCCGGAGCGACCCACUGGAUCUACAACCAAGGCCAGUCUGAACUCGUAAUAGUCUCUGUUGUUGACCUCAGCAACCAAGAGAAUCAGCUCGACCACAGCUUCAGGAAAUUCUUCCUCGCUGGAAACCCGCAACAAGGCAGGCAACAACAAGGCGGCAGCAGUCAAAGCUGGGGGCCAAGAAGAAGAGGGGGCAGCAGCCAGCAAGAGAGCUUCGGCAACAUCUUCAGCGGCUUUGACGAGCAAAUCCUCAGCGAGUCCUUCGCCAUUGACACCGAGCUUGCACAAAAGCUCAAGUGCCAAGACGACCAGCGGGGCCACAUCGUUGAGGUCCAGAAUGAGCUCCAAAUAGUAAGCCCACGCUACCGAGAAGGAGAGCAAGAGGGAGAGAGCGAAUGGAAGAGGGAGAGAGAGUGGAGAGGAGGGAGACGGAGAGGGACGAGAGACAAUGGCUUGGAGGAGACGCUGUGCACCAUGAGGCUGAGAGAGAACAUAAACAAACCCGAGAAGGCUGACAUCUACAACCCUCGCGGAGGGCGGUUCACCACGCUCAACAGCUUCAGUCUUCCCAUUCUCAGCUUCAUUGGACUCAGCGCUACGAGGGCUGUUCUCUACAGGGAUGCCAUUGUGGCGCCACAUUACCACAUGAACUGCCACGGUGUGAUCUACGUCACCCGGGGCAGCGGCAGGAUCCAGAUUGUCGAUGACUCAGCAAAUACAGUCUUCGACGGGCAGCUCCAGGAGGGCCAGCUCCUGGUGGUGCCCCAGAACUUUGCGGUGGUGAAGAAGGCGGGCUCAGAGGGGUUUGAGUACGUCUCCUUCCGGACCAACGAUAACGCGAUGGUUAGCUCAUUGGCAGGGCGGCUAUCGGUGAUCCGGAGCCUACCGGAGCAGGUGGUGAUGAACUCAUAUGACGUCUCGAGGGAGGAGGCCCGGAGGUUAAAGUACUCGAGAGAGGAGUUUGCGGUGUUGAGCCCGGGGUCUAGGUCAUCACAAAGAGGGAUGAAGGAUUGA